GCUUGCCUGCCAGAGAGACGCCAGCCACCGGCGGCGCUAGCACCUCGGAGGAGGGCGCCGGAGCAAGCGGAGCGCGGCGCUGCGACCCGGACUGGGGGUGGGGAGACGAGCCCCGCCGAGGCGAGGGCCACCCCCGGUCCUCUGCCCUCGCGCGCUGCCAGGGCCAGGUACAAAAAAGCUUUAAACAAGUAAAAUCUAGGCAACAGGCUCCCUGAAGUGUUGACAGACCAACUUAAUCAUGAACGUGAUUCAAAAAUGUUAAUAAAUAAACCAAGGAAAUGGAGAAAGCGGAGCAAUCUGCAUGUUGUAAGAACUCUUUGCCACGCAGCCCAGUGACUUCAAGACACCACUUAUAUGAUUGGGGAGACUUUCGAAGGGUGUUGCCACCUGGCAGAUAGGUAGUAAAAGUGUAGACCAUGGGGAAUUCAUAUGCUGGGCAACUGAAAUCUGCUCGAUUUGAAGAAGCUCUUCACAACUCCAUAGAAGCCUCUCUCAGAUGUAGUAGUGUGGUACCACGACCAAUUUUUUCCCAGCUUUACUUGGACCCUGACCAGCAUCCUUUCUCAUCUGCAGAUGUAAAACCCAAGGUGGAGGAUCUGGAUAAAGAUUUGGUACACCGCUACACUCAAAAUGGAAGCCUGGAUUUUUCUAACAAUCUAACAGUAAAUGAAAUGGAAGAUGACGAAGAUGAUGAAGAAAUGUCUGAUUCAAAUAGCCCACCAAUUCCCUAUUCACAAAAACCUGCCCCCGAAGGGUCUUGCACUACAGAUGGUUUUUGUCAAGCAGGAAAGGAUUUGCGUUUGGUAUCUCUGUGUAUGGAACAAAUCGACAUCCCAGCAGGAUUCCUCCUGGUGGGGGCCAAGUCUCCCAAUCUUCCUGAACACAUCCUAGUGUGUGCUGUAGACAAGCGAUUUCUACCAGAUGAUCAUGGAAAAAAUGCACUUUUAGGGUUUUCUGGAAACUGUAUCGGCUGUGGAGAAAGAGGAUUUCGGUAUUUCACGGAAUUUUCCAACCACAUAAACUUGAAGCUCACCACCCAGCCAAAGAAGCAGAAGCACUUAAAGUACUACCUAGUCAGAAGCUCCCAGGGUGUACUGUCGAAGGGACCUCUUAUCUGCUGGAAAGAAUGUAGAAGCCGACAAUCCUCUACCAUUUGCCACUCUGUUAAACCAAACUCUUCAGUGUCAUCAACCGUGGCCCCAGAAAAUGGCACAACUAAUGGAUACAAAUCAGGAUUCAUUCAGACAGAUUCGCCGGUUCUCAGUCCAGCUAAUUCUGCAAUCAAUUUAAGUGGAGCUCAGGACCUGACCUGGAAUAAGAAUGUUGUGAAGCCACUGGCUUUGUCUUUGCAGGUUGUAGGGAAGACUUUUGCUGCAGAUGCUGCUAAUGGAAACAGUAGCCAUGGAGGAAAGAGCAGUGCGUCUAGCUCCACUCCAGCCCGCCCAGGGAAUUACUCUUUGUCACCAAGACCUAGCUUUGCCUCAGGAGACCAAGCUACCAUGUUCAUUUCUGGACCACCAAAGAAACGACACCGAGGAUGGUAUCCUGGGUCACCUGUCCCCCAACCUGGUUUAGUUGUACCUAUUCCUGCAGUUCGCCCUCUUUCAAGAACUGAGUCCCUUUUAUCUGCCCCAGUUCCACAGACCCCAUUAACUGGAAUUUUACAACCUCGACCCAUUCCUGCAGGGGAAACUGUAAUUGUUCCUGAAAAUCUGCUGAGUAACUCAGGAGUUAGACCAGUAAUCCUGAUAGGCUAUGGCACUUUACCCUAUUUCUAUGGAAAUGUUGGUGACAUUGUUGUGAGUCCUCUGCUGGUGAAUUGCUACAAGAUUCCACAGUUGGAAAACAAAGAUUUGGAACAGUUAGGUUUGACUGGCAGCCAACUCCUGAGCGUGGAAAACAUGAUUCUUCUGACAAUACAGUAUCUCGUGCGGCUGGGUCCUGAUCAGAUACCUCUCAGGGAAGAAUUUGAGCAAAUUAUGCUGAAAGCUAUGCAGGAAUUUACUCUGAGAGAGAGAGCCCUGCAGAUGGGUGGUCAGUGCACACCUGUGUCACCAGGACAACUCCCCUGGCUGGCUAGAUUAAUUGCCAGUGUAUCUCAAGACUUGGUUCAUGUGAUUGUGACCCAGAACUCCUUGGCGGAGGGCAUUUCAGAGACAUUGAGGACUCUCAGUGAAAUGAGACACUAUCAAAAACUACCAGAUUAUGUUGUGACAAUUUGUGCAUCAAAAGUCAGAGGAAAUGAGUUUUGUGUGGUAGUAUUAGGUCAGCAUCAGUCCAGAGCUCUGGCAGAGAGCAUGCUCACCACAAGUGAGUUUUUGAAAGAAAUUAGUUAUGAGCUCAUCACAGGAAAGGUCAGUUUCCUGGCAUCGCAUUUCAAAACCACAUCGUUAGGUGAUGACCUAGACAAGCUGCUAGAAAAAAUGCAACAGAGAAGAGGAGAUAUUGUGGUGACCCCUUUUAAUGGAGACCUUAAUGAAUGUGUGUCACCUCAGGAGGCUGCUGCUAUGAUCCCCACGCAGAAUCUGGAUUUAGAUAAUGAACCCUUCCAGAUUUAUCAACCGCAGCUUACAGUUGCCAGAAAACUCUUGUCCCAGGUGUGUGCUAUAGCAGACAGCGGCAGCCAGAGCCUGGACCUCGGCCACUUCAGCAAAGUGGACUUCAUCAUCAUUGUCCCAAGAUCAGAGGUUCUGGUCCAGCAAACUCUUCAACGGAUUCGACAAUCAGGUGUCCUUGUAGACUUGGGUCUGGAGGAAAAUGGGACAGCCUAUCAGAGAGCAGAGAAAUAUGUUGUUCGUCUAGACAAUGAGAUUCAAACCAAGUUUGAAGUUUUUAUGAGAAGGGUGAAACAGAACCCGUACACACUGUUUGUGCUAGUUCAUGACAACUCCCAUGUGGAACUAACGAGUGUCAUUUCGGGCUCUUUGUCACAUGGUGAACCUGGCCAUGGAUUGGCUGACAGAGUCAUUAACUGCAGAGAGGUUCUGGAAGCUUUCAACCUCCUGGUGCUCCAGGUCACCUCCUGCCCAUACACUCUGCAGACCCAACAGUCCCGAAUCAGCGCCAACAACGAGGUUCACUGGAUACAGCUGGACAGCACAGAGGACAUGAGCUGCGAGGAGAAGCUGUACUUCGGCAUGAACGAGUACAGUAAAUCUCUUCAGUGGGGAAUCACGAGCCCACUUCUGAGAUGUGAUGAGACUUUUGAAAAGAUGGUGAACACACUCUUGGAGAGGUACCCCAGGCUGCACAGCAUGGUCGUCCGCUGCUACCUCCUCAUCCAGCAGUACUCGGAGGCUCUGAUGGCUCUCACCACCAUGGCGUCCCUCCGAGACCACAGCACGCCAGAAACACUCAGCAUCGUGGAUGACCUCCUCAGCUGCCCAGGAAAAAACAAAAGUGGGAGGGGACACAUGCUCAUUCUCAGGGUGCCUUCCGUGCAGCUGGCGAUGCUGGCCAAGGAGCGGCUGCAGGAGGUGCGCGACAAGCUGGGGCUGCAGUACCGCUUCGAGAUCAUCCUCGGGAACCCUGCCUCUGAACUCAGUGUCGCAGCCCACUUUGUGGCGCGAUUAAAGACUUGGAGAGGAAAUGAAGCAGAAGAAUGGACCCCUCGGACAUACCAAGAUCUAGAAGGUCUGCCUUGUAUUGUGAUAUUAACUGGCAAAGAUCCCCUUGGAGAAACCUUUCCCAGGUCUUUGAAGUACUGUGACCUCCGGUUAAUUGAUUCAAGCUAUUUAACUCGCACGGCCUUGGAGCAGGAGGUGGGUCUGGCGUGCUGCUACGUCUCAAAAGAGGUCAUCCGGGGGCCCACUGCUGCCCUGGACCUUAGCGGCAAGGAGCAGGAGAGAGCCGCAGUCAGCGAGAACGAGGCCGAAGAGCUGCUUAUCGACCUGGAGAGGCCCCAGAGCAACAGCAGUGCCGUCACUGGAGCCUCAGGCUCCAUCAUGGAGAACGGGGUGAGCUCGUCCAGCACCACCGACAAGUCCCAGAAGCAGCCCCUGACCCCCAGCUUCCGGAGCCCGGCCAACAGCGUGGGGCUGGACGAAGGGGUCUCGGCGGGCCUGGCGGGAGCCGGAGAGACCCUGAAGCAGGAGAGCGACUCCCUGGGCCCCCAGAUGGCGAGCAGCACCACCUCCAAGCCGUCGUCGUCCUCGUCGGGGCCCGGGGCGCCGCGGUGGCCGGGACAGCCGGGGCCGGGCUGCCGGGGCGCGCACGCCGCGCUGCCGCCGGUCGUGAUCCUGUCCAAGGCGGCCUACAGCCUCCUGGGCUCGCGGCGGGGCGGCAAGCUGCCGGCGUCCGCGGCCCUGCUGCCGCACCCCGACGUGGCCUGGGCCAGCCCCCUGCGGCCGCUGCUGCCCGGGCACGCGAGCGCCGAGGAGCAGUCCCUCUACUACCGCCGCUGGACCGCGGCGCGUCCGCACCACGCCGACCACGGCCACCAGGCCGACCCCGCCUCGGGCGCGCGGCCCUGCCAUCCCCGCCGCCUGCUGCUGACCGGGCCCCCGCAGGUGGGGAAGACUGGCUCCUACCUGCAGUUCCUCAGGAUCCUCUUCCGCAUGCUCAUCAGGCUCCUGGAGGUGGACGUGUACGACGAGGCAGAGAUCAACACCGAUCACAGCGAAAGCAGUGAAGUGAGCCGGUCAGAGGGAGAGCCCUGGCCUGACAUCGAGAGCUUCAGUAAAAUGCCCUUUGACGUCAGUGUGCAUGACCCCAAGUACAGUUUGAUGAGCCUGGUAUACACUGAGAAGCUGGCAGGGGUCAAACAAGAAGGAAUAAAGGAAUCCAAAGUUGAGGAGCCCCGGAAACGAGAAGCCGUGUCCAUGAUGCUGACCAAGUACGCAGCCUACAACACCUUCCACCACUGUGAACAGUGCCACCAGUACAUGGACUUCACCUCUGCCUCCCAGAUGUCCGACUCCACCCUUCACGCCUUCACGUUCUCUUCCUCUAUGCUGGGAGAAGAGGUGCAGCUCUAUUUCAUCAUUCCCAAAUCCAAAGAGAGUCAUUUUGUCUUCAGCAAGCAGGGCAAACACCUGGAGAGCAUGCGGCUGCCCCUGGUUUCAGACAAGCAGAAUUUGAAUGCGGUCAAGAGCCCUAUUUUCACUCCUUCCAGUGGUCGCCACGAGCACGGACUCCUAAACCUCUUUCACGCCAUGGAGGGCAUCAGCCACCUGCACCUGCUGGUGGUUAAGGAGUAUGAGAUGCCGCUGUACCGCAAGUACUGGCCCAACCACAUCAUGCUGGUGCUUCCUGGCAUGUUCAAUAAUGCAGGCGUGGGUGCUGCCAGGUUUCUUAUUAAGGAGCUGUCAUAUCACAACCUGGAGCUGGAGAGGAACCGCCUGGAAGAGCUGGGAGUUAAACGCCAGUGUGUCUGGCCUUUCAUCGUUGUAAUGGAUGACUCGUGUGUCCUAUGGAACAUUCACAGUGUUCAGGAGCAGAGCAGCCAGCCCAUGGAAACAGGAGUUUCCAGUAAGAAUGUGUCCUUGAAGAGUGUCUUGCAGCAUAUUGAAGCAACACCGAAAAUCAUCCACUACGCAAUCCUGGGCAUACAGAAAUGGAGCAGCAAGCUGACUUCUCAGAGCCUGAAGGCCCCGUUCUCUAGAUGCCAUGUGCACGACUUCAUUCUCCUCAACAUAGACUUGACUCAGAAUGUGCAGUAUGACUUCAACAGGUAUUUCUGUGAAGAUGUUGAUUUUAACCUGAGAACGAACAGUAGUGGCCUGCUCAUCUGCCGCUUUAAUAACUUCAGUCUCAUGAAGAAACAUGUUCAGGUUGGAGGGCAAAGGGACUUUAUCAUUAAACCAAAGAUCAUGGUGUCAGAGAGCUUAGCACCCAUCUUGCCCCUUCAGUAUGUCUGUGCUCCCGACAGCGAACACACACUACUGGCAGCCCCUGCACAGUUUCUCCUGGAGAAGUUCCUUCAGCACGCCUCAUACAAACUCUUCCCCAAAGCUAUCCAUAACUUCAAGAGUCCCGUGUUGGCCAUAGACUGCUACCUUAACAUUGGACCAGAGGUGGCCAUAUGCUACGUCAGCUCCAGACCCCACUCCAGCAAUGUCAACUGUGAAGGGGUGUGUUUCAGUGGACUCCUCUUGUACCUCUGUGACUCUUUUGUAGGUGCUGAUCUUCUUAAGAAAUUUAAGUUUCUAAAAGGUGCUACUCUGUGUGUCAUCUGCCAAGACCGAAGUUCCUUACGCCAAACGAUUGUCCGCUUAGAGCUAGAGGACGAGUGGCAGUUCCGCCUCCGGGACGAGUUUCAAACUGCUAACAGCGCCGAUGACAAGCCCCUCUACUUUCUUACUGGACGUCACGUAUGAGCUUUGGAAGAGACCAAAACCAGCAAAGGGAUGCCUAGGUGGGGUGGGGCAGUAACGAUUAUUAGGGAUGUUUUUUUUCCUUUAAAGUACAAUCACUGUGGAGCCAAGUGCAACAUAUUUGUCUCUUCUCCAAAGAACCCCCCCAAAUCUGACCUAGAUCCUUGGGGGGCAUCACUCUCCUUCAGUUCCAAUUUCAGGACUUAAAUUCAGGUUAACUCCACCCUAGGUAGUUAUGCAAUUACUUAAGACGUGGUCUGCCCAUGGGAGGCUGAGGAGGAUUAUGCUUUGGAGAGGCCACAGGGAGUCUGCAUUGU